UGUCCACUCUGCUUAGCCCUCCUUUUACUAUAUCAAGUUUCGAUUCUUGUGGUUUUUAGGGUUGCUUCUAGUAUAGAUGCAGUUUUGCUUUCUCAUCCAGAUACGCUUCAUCUUGGUGCUUUUCCUUAUGCUAUGAAGCAGCUUGGACUCUCUGCUCCUGUUUAUGCUACUGAGCCUGUUCAUAGAUUAGGUCUCCUUACAAUGUAUGAUCAGUUUUUAUCCAGAAAGCAAGUAUCCGACUUUGAUUUGUUUACACUGGAUGACAUUGAUUCUGCUUUCCAGAAUGUGAUCAGAUUGACUUACUCUCAAAAUUACCAUCUUUCUGGUAUGAAAGGGAGAGGUAUUGUAAUUGCUCCUCAUGUUGCUGGACAUAUGCUGGGAGGUAGCAUCUGGAGGAUAACAAAGGAUGGGGAGGAUGUUAUAUAUGCUGUUGACUACAAUCAUCGGAAAGAAAGGCAUUUAAAUGGAACUGUUUUACAGUCUUUUGUUCGGCCUGCUGUUCUGAUAACCGAUGCAUAUCAUGCUCUUUAUACCAAUCAAACCGCAAGACAGCAAAGGGACAAAGAAUUUCUAGAUACCAUUUCAAAACAUCUUGAAGUUGGGGGAAAUGUUCUAUUACCCGUGGAUACUGCGGGUCGAGUCCUGGAACUUCUCUUGAUACUUGAACAGCAUUGGUCACAAAGAGGUUUCAGCUUUCCCAUUUACUUUCUCACAUACGUGUCAUCUAGCACAAUUGACUAUGUUAAGAGUUUCCUCGAGUGGAUGAGUGACUCCAUUUCAAAGUCCUUUGAGACUUCACGUGAUAAUGCCUUUCUAUUGAGGCAUGUCACUCUCUUGAUAAACAAGACUGAUCUGGAUAAUGCUCCACCUGGUCCAAAGGUUGUUCUUGCUUCCAUGGCCAGUCUCGAAGCAGGUUUUGCUCGGGAGAUAUUCGUGGAGUGGGCAAAUGAUCCCAGAAAUUUAGUCCUCUUUACUGAAACAGGGCAGUUUGGCACUUUAGCUCGCAUGCUUCAGUCAGCCCCACCUCCCAAAUUUGUUAAAGUCACCAUGUCAAAGAGGGUUCCUUUGGCUGGGGAAGAGUUGAUUGCGUAUGAAGAAGAGCAAAACAGACUGAAAAGGGAAGAAGCUUUGCGAGCUAGCCUCGUCAAAGAGGUGGAAACAAAAGCUUCCCAUGGAUCCGAUGAUAAUUCAAGUGAACCUAUGGUCAUAGAUACCAAGACUACUCACGAUGUUGUUGGUUCUCACGGGCCUGCAUAUAAAGAUAUAUUGAUUGAUGGAUUUGUUCCCCCAUCUAGCAGCGUAGCUCCAAUGUUCCCAUUUUAUGACAACACAUCUGAAUGGGACGACUUUGGGGAGGUUAUCAAUCCAGAUGAUUACGUGAUCAAGGAUGAAGACAUGGACCGAGGAGCAAUGCAUAACGGAGGUGAUGUGGACGGAAGGCUUGAUGAGGCAACUGCUAGUCUCAUGCUUGAUACAAGACCUUCGAAAGUCAUUUCCAAUGAGCUCAUUGCACAAGGAGUAGUCUUCUCACUUUGAAAUAGAGAGAUAGGAAUUCUCAUUGACAUCGCGUUGGGCCUAUCAAAUUUAUCUUCUUACGAUCGCCAGCUCUGUAGCAUAUCAUAUGAGGUCUAUGAUCUACCAGAUUUAACGAGAAUAUUGUCUGUUGAGACAUGGAACUCAAUUCUGACAGAAGCAGAAAGAUUCUUCCUCUCAUGUUUUCUGCCAGAUAUGGAUCAACAGACUUUUAGUUUGACGAUCCAGGAACUUUUUGGAGGCGCCAAUUUAUAUUUUGGGAAUCCAGAGGAUAGGUUUUACAAGACAUUUGAGAGGAGGAUUGUUUACUCCAAAGGUAGCUUGUUUCAAAGAAGGUGUUAUGUUUGUUAAGAGGAAAAAGUAUUACUACUCUUUAAAGUUCUAUCAUGAAAAGCUGAUCAAGACAUUCACCGAGAUGCAGAGGUUGCGGGUUCUGUAUGGAAAGAAAUUGGGCAAUAACUCAAGACUCCUCCUUUGGUCAGAACAAACACAAACCGGGAAUCUAAAGCUGCUAGACCUUAAUAGAGUUCCAUCUGAGGAAAUGGAUAGUGCUACAUGUAGAUUCAAAACUCCCAAUGUAGUGAAACCUGUGGAAAGAAAUAGAAGGAAAAGUUAAACCUUCCCUCGCAGUGGCAGCUCCAAAAACACUCUUAAAGAUAAAGAUAACCAAUAGAGGAAUAUUCCGGUACCAAGGUUCCAGCUUAGUUUUUGCUGGACAUCAUCAUCCGACUUUGCCAAAGGGUCUUCUCAAAUUAGUCCCUAAAUCUUCUUCUGCCAUUCACAGAACAAAAUCUGCCUCUAAAGCAAGAAGAAUAUGUCCACUACCACCUGAAGUCUCCUGGUUUUAAGCCCAGGACUGUUGAUAGAGCCUCUCAAACAACAGAGACUGAGAGGAUUUUGUCUGGUAAUAGCUUUCAGAGGGAAGCCGAGGUCCUGAGAAAACCGCUGCGUGUUCUGAGCAAAGACUCGAGAAACCGAUAAGGCCCAUUUGUUUUCCUUGACAUACAAGCGAAGAAAGGAUCAGAGAAUCGCUUGAGCCUGCACUCUAUGCUAAUCCAAUGUUCCACCUAAUGUACUCUUCCAUUACUCGAGAUUCAUGAAUAUAUGAACUGUAAUGCAAAUUGGUAGCUGGAUUUGGUUUGGGGUUGAGUUGGUUUCGUUUCAAAAUUUAGAGGCACUAAAAAGAAACAUUGAAGAAAUAGAGGAGUAAAGUGAAAUAGAGGAGUAAAUACCAAAAACCUCAAAGCUCUCACAACGGAUAUGAACUCAAUUACUCAAUGACUGCUCUUGUUCUGGGUGAAGGCUGUGUCGGAAAAUCAUCCACUGUCAAUUCUCUUAUCGGCGAACAAGUCGUCCAUGUCAGUCCUUUCCAGGCUGAAGGAUUGAGACCAGUGAUGGUUUCAAGAACUAUGGAAGGAUUCACUAUCAACAUUUUUGAUAUCCCUGGACUUUUGGAAGCUGGAUAUGUCAAUCACCAAGCCCUCGAGUUAACCAAAGGGCCAGUACUACUCUUUUGGAAUCUCUAUUCAAAGAUUAUAGAAAAUGAACAAUUUGAAAAGAAAGGGGUUAUUUAAAAAUUAAAAGGAAUUAUAUGGACCAGGGAUGUAAUUACUUCAGACUAAAAACCGUCUUUCACGGUGGCUUCUUCUUCUUUGGUUCAUCGGAGAAAUUUUAGGGUUUA